AUGCAGAAUCCGGGCGGAGGGAUGCAGAACCCUAUGGGUGGCCAAAUGCCCGGAGGCAUGCCUAAUCAACAGCAAAUGCAAGGAUAUUCUCAGAUGCAAAUUCCGCAAGGAGGAUUAAACCAAAUCCAGCAACAGUUUCUAAAUCUGGCAAUGGGCCAAGGAAUGCCUCAGGGAAAUCAGAUGUCUCAAAUGGGUGCUCAAAUGUCUAAUACUUCGCAGAACCAAUUUCAAACUCAAAUUCAAAACGCUUUGAAGUCAAUGAAUCAACAAAUGCCGCAAGGAAUGAACUCACAAAUGGGAAAUCUUAACCAACAACUACAGCAAUUCAGCGCAAUUCAAGCUUUUUCCCAAAUAAAUCCUCAAAUGCAGGCGCAAUUGCAAAUGCAAAUGAAUUAUCAAUACAACCAACAGCAAAUGCACAUGAAAUCAUCGAAUUCACAAAAAAUGCAAAAUCAACAGUUUAAUUAUAUGAUGCCAAAUCAGCCAAAACAGCGCAAAUCAAAGAACAAAAACGCCGCUCCACCGAUACCUCCAAAUAUGGCAUCACAAAUGCAACAAUCACAACUAAAUCAAAUUCAACAGCAAUUUCAGAAGCAAAUCGCUCAACAGCUUCAACAACAACAGCAGCAACAGCAACAACAAAUACAGCAGCAGCAACAACAGCAAAAAAUACAACAACAGAUGCAAAAUCAAAUUCAACAGCCAAUUCAACAACAAAUGCAACAAGUAUCGCAGCAACCAAUGCAGCAAAAUAUUUCACAGCCAAUACAACAGCAGCAACAGCAAAUUUCUCAACAACAAAUUCCACAAAAUAUUCAACAGCAAAUUGCUCAACAAAUUCAACAGAUACAGCAACAACAGCCUUCACAAAUGUCUCAGCAACCAUCUCAGCCUUCAUUAACAGCUCCAAUUCAACAAUCUUCCAAAAUAAAUUCUCAAAAUCAGAUUUCACAACCAGUUCCUCCUUCUAUUCCUCAGCAAAUGCCAGGCAUGGUCAGUCAAACAGAAUCGCAGUUCAUUCACCAACUUUUGAAGAAUCUUGAUAAAGAUCGUGCAGAUUUAUUUUUCAGGCUCUUCAAUUGCAGGAAAAUGAAGAGAUCUGAAGAGAGACCAGACAGAUUUGUAUCAUCCAUAUUCCCAAUGCUUAAAAAUAUCGUUCCUUCCAUUGGAUAUCACAUAAGAUUUUUAAUUGACUCAAUAAGAGGCCAACAGGAAACUUUUGUGAGACUAUCUGAUCCACCGAUCCCACCCAUAUUUAUGAAACAUCGCCAAAUCAAGCCUUUGUACGCUCAUGCUCCAAUUGUCAGUCCCAGCGGUUUCGAAAUGGUUCUUCCGAACAACGACAAGCGCUCUGACCUCAAAGCUCUCGGCUGCUUCGUCUCUCUUGGCGAACCAGUGCCUCCACAGUGUUUGAAUGUUUUGAUCGACAAAGUUGAAGUGAAAGCGGCCAAGUUCGGAACCGAAAACACUUACUUCAUGAUUUUCUCAUCCCUUAAGACCGUGAAAAACUUCCUAGUUCAGUUUCCUCAUCCUCCAUCAAAUUUUUUGACGUGGUUUGCUGUCCAGUUCGUCGAAGAGAGGCCACCAUUGGAGAUUGUUAAGGACUUCUGUAUUGCCAAGAACAUCACGAUUCCUCCACAAACAAACCAGAUUUUGGCUCAUACAGUCAAAUGCAACGGAUGCAACUUUGACGCUGUUGCAGCAAUCGCUGAGAUACAGAAGAACGGAUUCGCGCUCUGUCCGACGUGCAAAACAGAGAUUCUCCUGAAUGAGCUCGAAUUCAACUUUCCUUCUUCGAACAACCAGUACCAAGCUGUUUCUGAAGAUGAAGCAGCUCUCACCCUUGCGAAGUUGGCUUUGGCUGACCAAGUCUGCGCUUUCGCUCCCCCUGCAAUUGAGUCUCGGUCGUGGAAUGACUUGAUUUUCAACGGCGUCGGACAACCUCCUGGAGCUUUCCACCAAUUGGCGUACUCCGACACGAAUGAGUACACUAACGCUGUUUUAUCUAUGAAUUAG